AUGAAUCAAAAAAAAAAAAGGGAUGAUUUUUCGUACCGUUUUACGGGUGUUUUACUGUCCUCCUCGCUUGUUCUAGCGUCGAAUCAAUACGAUGCAGCGGACGACGAGGGAUUACCCAGCAAAGUAAAGUUGGGAUCCCAAGAUGCAGGAGUAAACGAUAAAUCAGAUAUUGAAAUCUAUGUUGACAGACCCACGAGUUACAAAAAUGACUUGGUGCUCAUCAAGUUGAGAAAGAGACUUAACAGAACACAACUGUCGGAAAAUGUCAGCAUAGCAAAUCUCUGUCAUCCAUACGAUCUGCUGGGGCACCCGCAAUUCUUUGCUGCCGGCUACUCAUACAAUACGCAAAAAAACGAAGGCUGCAAAAAAUACACGAUGGAAUUGGAAAACCUUAAUCUCAACGAAUGCAAAAAUGUGAAGGUCACGCGUCAAAUCGAAGAUUUGGCAACGGAUCAGUCACAUCUCUGUCUUCGCCCGAUACCAACAUUCGAGAUGAAGAAUGAGUGCUCAAAGUGCUUGACCGCGACAUCCAGUGUUCUUCAUGUGCAGCGUAGAGAUGGGAGUCAGUGUGUGGCGGGCAUUGCCACGCCCACAAACGAUGAAUGUAUUGAGAACGAGAGUCCUUUGUACUUUACCAAUAUCCUGACAAAGUCAGUUAGCGAUUUCUUUAAUGGCGAAUAGAGUCAUUUCAUAAGACGAAUGGAUGAUUUUUGUAAGGCGAUUUAUUAAAAGAAAGCUUAAUAAGCCCACAUAAAUAACAUACGUAUAAAUAUAGUUUUUAAGUUGAGUCACAAUAUCUGAAUAGUUUAUACGAAUGACAAAUUGAGUUGAAAACUAAUUUAUUUAUAUAUAUAAAAAAACAAGUAAGAAAGUUACAGUCGAGAGUGCUCGACUGUGAGAUACCCGCUACCCAUUUUGAAUAAAAGCAAAAAAUGUGGGCAAAUCCCAGAAUCAGUCCACCAGCGACCAA